AUGGCCGUCCGCAGCGCCUCGCUGACCUGCCUGGGACUGCUGCUCUUCCUGUUCCCGGGGGCGCAGGCCCAGAACCCAGCCCCGCCCGGCUGCAGCCCGGACCUCAACCCGCUCUACUACAACCUGUGUGACCGCUCCGGCGCCUGGGGCAUCGUCCUGGAGGCCGUGGCCGGGGCGGGCGUGGUCACCACCUUCGUCCUCACCAUCGUGCUGGUGGCCAGCCUGCCCUUCGUGCAGGACGCCAAGAAGCGCGGCCUGCUGGGCACCCAGGUGUUCUUCCUGCUGGGCACCCUGGGCCUCUUCUGCCUGGUGUUCGCCUGCGUGGUGAAGCCCGACUUCGCCACCUGCGCCGCCCGGCGCUUCCUGUUCGGCGUGCUGUUCGCCAUCUGCUUCUCCUGCCUGGUGGCCCACGUGCUGGCCCUCAACUUCCUGGCCCGCAGGAACCGCGGGCCGCGGGGCUGGGCGGUGUUCGCCGUGGCGCUGCUGCUCACGCUGGUGGAGGUGAUCAUCAACACCGAGUGGCUCAUCCUCACGCUGGUUCGGGCGGCGGGCGAGGCCGGCCACCCGGGCAACGGCAGCGCGGGCGGGGCGGCCGCCUCCCCCUGCGACAUCGCCAACAUGGACUUCGUCAUGGCGCUCAUCUACGUGAUGCUGCUGCUGCUGGCCGCCUUCGCGGGCGCCUGGCCCACCCUGUGCGGCCGCUUCACGCGCUGGCGCAGGCACGCCGCCUUCGUGCUGCUCACGGCCGCCACCUCUGUCGCCAUCUGGGUGGUGUGGAUCGUCAUGUACACCUACGGCAACCGGCAGCGCAACCGGCCCGCCUGGGACGACCCCACGCUGGCCAUCGCGCUGGCCGCCAACGCCUGGGCCUUCGUCCUCUUCUACGCCAUCCCCGAGGUGUCCCUGGUGACCAAGGCCAGCCCCGAGCAGAGCUACCCGGGCGACCUGUACCCCACCAGGGGCGUGGGCUACGAGACCAUCCUGAAGGAGCAGAAGGGCCAGAGCAUGUUUGUGGAGAACAAGGCCUUCUCCAUGGACGAGCCGGCCUCCGCCAAGAGACCAGUGUCGCCGUACAGCGGGUACAACGGGCAGCUGCUGACCAGCGUGUAUCAACCCACCGAGAUGGCCCUGAUGCACAAAGGCCCGGCUGAGGGACCCUAUGACGUCAUCCUGCCCCGGGCCACCGCCAACAGCCAGGCGAUGGGCAGUGCCAACUCCACCCUGCGGGCCGAGGAUGUGUACGCUGUUCAGAGCCACCAGGCGGCCACGGCCCCGAAGGACGACAAGAACUCUCAGGCUCAGUCCCCGCAAAGUAAAACGAGAUGGUAG